AUGCCGUCCGCACCCGGCGCCGAAUCCUUUAAAUGGUCCAAACCACAGCUUAGUUCUUCAAAAGAGAAGGGGGCAUUCAUACUGUCAGGAGAUGACAAGGAGGUCGUAGUGCGCUUCUCGUAUGCUCUAAGGCACAAGAAGGAGCAGCUUCGAGAUACGGAGCACAGAAUUAGACAGAAAAGUGAAGAAAUAAUAAGGGAUAUUAAAUAUCAGAAAGAAGUUACUGGACAGCGGUUGCGUGAAAAGAAAGACCAUUUAGUCCAAGAUAUAUUACAAACUAAAGCGAAAGUAAGAGAACGGUUUGAGGGAGUCGUAGAGAAAGACAACCCGUUUACCAUACCAAAUUUGCUAUGUGUGGCUAGGAUCACCAUGUCUCCAUAUCUUGGCUAUGUAAUUAUGCAUGACAAAUAUGAGCUGGCUCUUGGCUUGCUUUUCGUUGCUGGGAUCUCAGAUUUGCUAGAUGGAUGGAUAGCAAGAAAGUGGAAGAGUCAAUCGUCAGCUAUGGGCUCUUUUUUGGACCCAUUGGCAGACAAAAUACUAAUUGCAUCGCUUUUCUUGUCUCUGACAUGGCAGAACUUGAUUCCUUUGUGGCUUACUCUGCUAAUAGUUGGCAGAGAUGUUGGCCUAGUCGCGGCAGCCUUUGUCAUCAGAUAUAUGAGCUUGCCUCCGCCUAGAACACUAAGCAGGUAUUUCGACGUCACGGAAGCUACAGCGCAGCUAGCACCUACGUUUAUCAGUAAAGUCAACACAGCUGUUCAACUGGUAUUGGUUGGCACAACCAUGGCAUCCCCUGUUUUUGGCUAUGUCGACCACCCGGCUAUGCACGCGCUAGUUGGCAUCACAGCAGCUACGACAGUCAUGUCAGCAGUUAGUUAUUUAGUUAGUAAGGAUACAUAUAAAUUCCUCAGGAAAAAGAAGUGAUUUAUAUAUUAUUAUUAUUUUGUCCGGCAGUCUUCCGCCAAUUGUUAGUUUUGUACCAGAAAGCAUUAAAAUAAAAUUGUAUUUUGUCUACUUGUAAAUAAAUGUA